GGGGGACCCCCUGAGCCCGGAGGGAGGGGGAUCCUCCCCCGGCCCGGCCGAGCCCCCCCGGGCCCCCGAGUUCUACUGCGUGAAGUGGAUCCGCUGGAAGGGGGAGCGCACGCCCGUCAUCACCCAGAGCGAGAACGGGCCCUGCCCGCUGCUCGCCAUCAUGAACGUCCUCCUGCUGCGCUGGAAGGUGAAGCUGCCCCCGCAGAAGGAGGUGAUCACGGCCGAGGAGCUGAUGGCACACCUGGGGGAUUGUAUCCUGGCCACCCAACCCCGGGAGACGUCGGAGGGGCUCCAGCUCAACUUCCAGCAGAACAUCAGCGACACCAUGACGGUGCUCCCGAAGCUCUCGACGGGGCUGGACGUCAACGUGAGGUUCACGGGGGUCUCGGAUUUUGAGUACACCCCCGAGUGCAUCGUCUUUGACCUCCUCAACAUCCCCCUCUACCACGGCUGGCUGGUGGACCCCCAGAGCCCAGAGAUGGUCCAGGCCGUGGGCAAGCUCAGCUACAACCAGCUGGUGGAGAAGAUCAUCACCUGCAAACAGGCCACCGACUCCAGCCUGGUGAGCGAAGGGCUGGUGGCCGAGCAGUUCCUGGAGGCCACGGCGUCGCAGCUGAGCUACCACGGGCUGUGCGAGCUCACGGCCGCGGCCCCCGAGGGCCAGCUCGGCGUCUUCUUCCGCAACAACCACUUCAGCACCAUCACCAAGCACAAGGGCCACCUGUACCUGCUGGUGACGGACCAGGGCUUCCUGCGCGAGGAGGGGGUGGUCUGGGAGAGCCUGCACACGGUGGACGGGGACAGCUGCUUCUGCGACACCGACUUCCACCUCAGCCACGCCCCGGCCCAGGGGGGGGACCCCGCGGCCCCCCCGGACCCCCAACUGCAGCAGAGACAGGUGGACCAGGAUUACAUGGUGGCCCUGUCCCUGCAGCAGCAGCAGGGGCAGGAGCCCCCCUCGGUGCUCAGUGACCUGGAGCUGGCACGGCAGCUGCAGCAGGAGGAGUAUCAGCAGCACCAUCCUCACCCUCCUCCUCCUCAGCAGCAGCUGCAGGUGCCAGGGCAGGUGGGGGGACGUCCGACCGGAGAGCGGAGGCAGCGGCAGAGGCUGGAUCUGGACUGUACCCUCCUGUAGCCCCCCCAGGGGGGUCCCCACGCCCGGACCCCCCAACUGUGUCCUCUGGGAAGGUCCCCCGGGGGUUCCUGGGGGGCUGCAGAGGAGACACAGACACAGGAGGGGUGACCAAACCCAGCGCUGGGACCACCCCGAUCCUUCCAGUGGCCUUAACACGGGGGUCCCACUCAGGGGGUCCCACUUAGGGGGUCCCAUCAGGGGGGCCCCACUCAGGGGGUCCCAUCAGGGGGGUCCCAUACCUCAGUUCAUGCUCCUGGACACGUGUCUGGGGGGGGCACCUGCACCCCCCUGUUCCAAACACUGCCUUAGCCCUCGGCAAGUAAAGGACUUGUCCCCCUGCA